CUUUAUAAACACGUGCAACACGCGGGCAGCGGCGUGUUCUUGUUACUUUUUUGUUAUUGCUGCUAAUUUUAUAAAAACGGUAGCAAAAUGGGCAAGAAAAGCAAAGUAGGAAAGACCCGUAAGGAUAAGUUCUACCAGUUGGCCAAGGAGACAGGCUUUCGCUCACGUGCUGCAUUCAAAUUGAUACAACUGAAUCGUAAAUUUGGUUUCCUGCAACAGUCGCAAGUAUGCAUAGAUUUGUGUGCUGCACCUGGUGGCUGGAUGCAGGUGGCCAAACAGAACAUGCCUGUGUCCAGCAUUGUCGUGGGUGUGGAUCUGUAUCCCAUACGUCCCGUUGCCGGCUGCAUUGGUCUAGUUGAGGACAUUACGACAGAGAAGUGCCGCCAAUCGCUGACCAAGGAGCUGCAGUCAUGGAAGGCCGACGUAGUGCUGCACGACGGUGCACCCAAUGUGGGUCGUAACUGGCUGUUCGAUGCCUAUCAACAGAUUUGCCUAACACUGCAUGCGCUCAAGCUGGGCACACAGUUCCUGCGCAGCGGCGGCUGGUUUGUGACAAAAGUGUUCCGCUCCAAGGACUACAAUGCACUACUCUGGGUGCUCAAGCAGCUCUUCAAGAAGGUGCAUGCCACCAAGCCCAGUGCCUCGCGUAAGGAAUCCGCUGAGAUCUUCGUUGUCUGCCAGGGUUUCUUGGCGCCAGAUCGCAUCGAUCCGCGUCUGUUGGAUGCCAAGUACGUGUUCGAGGAAUUGGAUCUGGAGGGCAAGCAAAAGAACAGUCUAUUGCAUCCGGAGAAGCAAAAGCGCAUCAAGGCCGAGGGUUACACGGAGCAAGAUAUAGCGCUGCGCAACGAUUUAGCUGCCAGCGAGUUUAUGAAGGCGGAAAAUGCUUUGGCAGCGCUUCAGGGUAUUGGCUCCAUACGCAUGGAUGAUGACCGCAUUGUCCAACACAAGAAAACCACAAAAGAGAUACUCGAGUGCUGCAAGGAUCUCAAGGUGCUGGGACGCAAAGACAUCAAGGGCUUGAUGUUGUGGUGGAAGCAUGUAAAAGCAGAUUUGUUUAAGACCGAGGAGACUGCAGUUAUUGAAGAGCCCGAAGCGGAGCAGCCAGCCAAGCCUCUGACACAGGAAGAAAUUGAGGAUAUGGAGGAUGCGGAGCUGCAGCAGCAAAUUGAAACGCUGGCUGAUGAGGAGCAUAAAGAUUUGAAACGCAAACGCAAGAAGACGCUCAAAACCAAGGCCAAGUUGCAUGAGAAAAUGAACCUCAACAUGGUUAUCAAAGGCGACGAUGGUCCCGUAGAGGAAACUGAACAUGAGAUCUUUGAUCUUAAAGGCAUUAGCAACACACACGAACUGGACGCCAUGCUUGAUGUGGAACCGGAUUACGUGGAAGAAGAGCCCGAGGCGGCGCCCAAGUUGCCUAAAUACAAAAAGUAUGACAAAGAUGACAAGCGCAUGGACGAUGAUGCUAACUAUGAAAAUGAUGAUGAGCCAGAUGUAAGCGCUGAGGAAGAUGAAGAAAGCGACUAUGAUCAAGACGGAUUAGGUCUGAGCGAUGAUGAAAACAAUGAUGAGGACAAAGCGACUGGCAAAAAGAAACCGAAAAAGAAUCAUCCUUUAAUCAGAUCUGGUGACUUCCGGGACAAGGAUACAAAGCGUCAGCAGCGCGUGCAGCUUUGGUAUGAAAAGGAGAAUCUACAGACGCUAAUGCAGGAUGAGGAUAAUGAUGAUGAUGAGGCCUAUGAUUUGGAUAAUAUAUCCAAGGCAUAUAGAGCCAAGGGCGUGGCUAUUCUCGGCGAGAAUCGAUUGGCGUUAGAGGACGAUAGCAAGCCAGCUUUGGGCAAGAAGGCCAAGCGUCGUGCGCGUCAUGAUGGGCCAAAGGACAGCAGCUCGGAGUCCUCAGAUUCCGAUUCAGAGCUGGAGGUGGAUGAUACAGAAACUGGCGAUAAGGUUGCCAGCAGUAUGACGAAGGCUUCCAAGCCUAAAAAGGUGCGUCUCAACGAGGAGGAACUGGCGCUUGGUUCGCUUUUAAUACGCGGCAAGAAAACGCGUCGCGAUUUAAUAGACGCCGCUUGGAAUCGUUAUGCCUUCAACGAUGACAAUUUGCCCGAAUGGUUUGUAACGGACGAGCAAGAGCACAUGACCAAGCCACAGCCGGUGCCCAAGGAGCUUACAGAGGAAUAUCAGCGCAAGGUGCAGGAGCUUAAUGUGCGUCCCAUCAAGAAGGUUAUGGAGGCCAAGGCGCGUAAGAAGCGUCGUUCAACGAAGCGUCUAGCCAAGGCCAAGAAAAUGGCUGAGAAGAUUAUGGAAAAUGCCGAUGCCACCUCCCAAGAAAAAGCCAAGCAGCUGAAGAAGGUCUACAAGAAGGCGCAGGAGAAGAAGAAGGAGACUACCUAUGUGGUAGCCAAGAAGCACACAUCCUCGCGCCGUGCGCGUCGCCCGGCUGGCGUGAAGGGACGCUAUCGCGUUGUCGAUCCACGUGAGAAGAAGGAUAAGCGCUCUUUGGACGCCAAGAAGCGGCGCGACAAGGGCAAGUCAGGCAGGGGUGGCGGCAAGCCCAAGGGCAAGCGCAGCAAGUAGGGCGGCUGCAUUUGUAAAUGCUUAAUGUAAACAUUGCAUAUAUAAAUAAAUAUAUAUAUAGUGAAUAGUAUAAA